AGGAACUGGGCAGCUCCUUCUCAGACAACGCUGAGGAACCCUCCACCUGUCUCCUGAUGGAAAGGUGACAUUACCUCGCUGUAGAGCCCAGAGCGGAGACCUCAGGAUGACAGAACCUGAGACGGUGGCCCUGCUGGAAGUGAAGGGGUCUGAGACUCCAGAAAAGAGCCUCCCUCAAGCCUGGGUGCCAAAUGGCCAGCAGUCGGAAGGGGAAGAUGUGGCUGAGUCUCCGAGAGCUGAAUCCCCCAGAAUGGAGUCUUCCCUUGGGUCUCCCAUGGCUGGAGAGGUGACGGAGGCUGGUCUAAACAGCGAGGAUGGUCUAGACAGUACCGUGAGCGAGGCUGCCACCCUGCCCUGGGGGACUGGCCCUCAGCCCAGUGCCCCGGUCCUGGACCCCCCAGGCUGGCGGGUCAUUGAGCCAGAGCCCCUUGAAUCAGAGCCACCCACCAAGUCAGAGGAACUCCCUGAAGAUGACGCCAACCUGCUGCCGGAGAAGGCGGCCCGGGCCUUUGUGCCCAUUGACCUCCAGUGCAUUGAGCGGAGGCCCCAGGAGGACCUCAUCGUCCGCUGCAAGCCGGGCGAGGCCGAGCGCCGGGCCAUCCUGCCCACCCGGGCCACCCUCCCCGAGCCCCUGGAGCGCAAGUGGGCCGAGGCAGUGGUGAAGCCGCCUGGCCGGUCCUGUGGUGGCUGCAGGAACCGUGAGGGGCUCAGGGCCGUGGCCUCGGUAGGGGCUGCCCUGGUCCUCUUCCCCGGCCUGCUCUACGGGGCGUACGCCUUCCUGCCCUUCGAUGCGCCCCGGCUGCCCACCAUAAGCUCCCGCCUGGUCUACACGCUGCGCUGCGGGGUCUUUGCCACCUUCCCCAUCGUGCUGGGCAUCCUGGUCUACGGGCUCAGUCUGCUGUGUUUCUCUGCUCUCCGGCCCUUCGCGGAGCCGCGGCGGGAGGUGGAGAUCCACCGGCGAUACGUGGCCCAGUCGGUGCAACUCUUCAUCCUGUACUUCUUCAACCUGGCCGUGCUCGCCACCUACCUGCCCCAGGACACCCUCAAGCUGCUCCCCCUGCUCACUGGCCUCUUUGCCAUCUCCAGGCUGAUCUACUGGCUGACCUUCGCCGUGGGCCGAUCCUUCCGAGGCUUUGGCUACGGCCUCACGUUCCUGCCACUGCUGGCCAUGCUCGUGUGGAACCUCUACUACAUGUUUGUGGUGGAGCCGGAGCGCAUGCUCACUGCAGUGGAGAGCAGCCUGGACUACCCUGAACAUGCCCGCUCCGCCUCUGACUACAGGCCCCGCCCCUGGGGCUGAGUCGCUCUGCUCACUGGCCCCUUGGGCUAAGAGGAUGGGCUUGGGACUCUUCUCUGAGCAAGUCUGUGGAGCCUAGACUUGGCCCCUGAAGGAUGAACCCUGUUGCUGUCCCAACGGAAGUGCCGUCAAUCACAGCCCAUCCCCUGCUCUUCCUCUGCUGGGGAGUUUCACCGUGGAAGAUAUGGGCAGAAGGGAUUUCAUUUUCUUACAGGGAAA